CAUCCCCGCUGCAUUUCGCUCUGCUUUCGCCUCGCGAGCUCCCCAUCUGAUCUCCUCUCGUGUGUCGGCCACGGCACCAUGCUGCCCCCGGCGACAUGACCUCGCGAGAAGAUAGUGUUCUGGCCGCCCGCAACCCGUCGGUUACGGACGAGAACGACUGGGAAGAGUUCAGCCUGGCCGAGGUCAGAGUCCUGGUCCCCGGCAAAUCGCGCUAUGCCAACCUGCUCGCGGCGUCCGAAGACAAUCCGGUCCAGGUGACAGGCACCCUGGAGGAGGUGGAGGAGGAGCAGGAAAAGCUAGUUCUGGACCCCGACUACCUGACGAAGCGCAUCGUUCUCGACAACGUGACGCACUUUGCCUACGGCCAACACAAUGACGGCGAGGUGGGAUUCUGGGUGGCCGGACGGGCGGGCUGGUUCUCCAUCUCGCCCGCGAGGGGCUACCGGCCCAUGUUCAACGACGUGGUCGAGGCCAUCGAUCUGUUCUACUUCCUGGCCGAUAGGCAUCAGUCGAAGCGCCGCAAGGGAAAGAACUGGAACCCCAGCGUCGAAUAUCUCCUGGAGGAGUACGUGAAUCAUACCCAUGGGAUCUGUGAGGAUGCCGACGAUUCAGCCGAAGUUUUCUACAAACACCAUACCUUUCUACUUUCUCGGAUGCUGAAGGGCGAAGAAGGAGUCCAGUGGACCAGCACUAGUGUUUUUGGGCAUCUCUGCGAGAAGUUCCCGGAGUCGUAUGAGCAGAUCAAAGCCCAGCAGGAACCACCUCAGGAAGAAGAGGAAGACCCGGCCGACAAAAAUGAGGAAGACGUCGAGGGCAAGAAGUCGGGAAAGAAGUCGGGAAAGACCCACUCGCUGGAUCCCACCGUGGUCCCCAAAGCCCAAGCAGAUACCGUGUAUCAGGUCGUUCUGGAUCUUAAAGAGGCAGGCCAUCUGGCCAAGCGGCAGCUGAAUCUCGAUCUUGUCGCUUCGACUAUGGUCGGGCAGUAUGAGCUGGACAGUGUCGAAUAUGCGCAAGACCUGAUCGCUUCCAGGGCCGGGAUCAUCCUCGAGCUGAUGGAUGAGGCCAAGACGUCGAACUUUGACUGGUCUCGCAAGGUCAUCUACCGGGAGCUGAAGUCGGCGUCCGAGAAGAAUGGCCUGGAGCACGUGGCUCUCACUCCGCUGCGGCCUCGGACUACGAACGUCGAAUCUCCCGGAGAAGGCAGUGACGAUGAGAACGAGAAUGAGAACGAGAAUGAAAACGAGAAUGAAAAUGAGGAGGAGCAACCCAAGCAGCGAAAACGUCGAGUCCGGAAGUCAGUCCUGCGACCCAAGAGCUCCGUCGCUACCAAGCAAACCGGCAAGCGCACGAGGAACGUCGCCACCGAUCAAGAAGACGCGUCCGAUACCAACAUGGACACGAUGGAUGAUUUCGAGACCCCGAGCAAAGUUCGCGGCCACGAUCUGGUCCGCGAUCCGUUGUCCACGCGUGCCAAACGCCGCACUCGCUCCAUCCUCUCCGACUCGGGAUCGACCCCGAUCCACAAGACCCCUUUACAAGAAACCCUCCAGAGCCGAAACACCUCCGUCUCUCUCGCAGACCAGGACGUAUCCGACGCGGAACCCACCGGGGACGACGCACCAUCCGACACAUGGAUGUGCCAGAUCCGCGGCUGCGACAAAGUCAUCUACAAAAGCAGCACCAAACGGGCCAAGGAAUUGAUCCAGGACCAUUCCCUCGCCCAUGCCGACGACACCAAGGCCAAGGUCGACCUCGUCUUUUCCGAGCAACGCCUCAACUUCGGCUUCAGCGUCGACCAUCUCCUCAGCCACAUCCAAGGCAUGGGGACGUUGAGCCAACUUCCCAACGUGACCGGCGGAACAGACGAACCGAUCGAGACCAACGGAGUCAAUGGAAUCGGGACAUAAGUAAUAAAUAGUCGACGGCUUCCUCAGACCGAGAGCAACUCACUGGUCCUUCACCCACUUCCUCCCUCUUGCUCUCUUGGUUCAAUCAACUACCAGAUUUCUAUUAUUACUAGGGUACGAGUGAGUUGCAUCCAAGUCUAGGACCUAAGCCUACGCAGCGGAUAAUGCAUAAUUGACACAACACGGGACGGGAAGACAGCGAAUGCGCAUGCAGAUUACGCAAAAGGCGUCAGUUGAGAUGAGGCGUUGUUGAUUAUGGGAUCAUGGGUGAUACGAAUUUGCUACUUUACUUUCGGAUGAUACCUAUUAGAUGAAUCGAGGAUUGCUAUUCAG